UUUAUCGGUGGAAUACCCAUAUCGAUGCAGCAUAUCUAUAUAAAGUACAAAUUAUCACUUGUGUCUAGACGUUCAGUGAUUUGACUCAUAUAUUCAACUUUUUUCUGGGUACCAAAUUUCUAAAUCUAUGAUGCUGGAACUCAUUUUAUUGAUUGUACUGAUAUCAGGUGCAUUUUAUCACUAUAUAAUUUGGCCUCACGGUUACUGGAGACGAAAAGGAGUUCCACAAGGAAAACCCCCUUUAUUGUUUGGAGAACUUCUGCCAUAUAUCCUGAGACGUCAAAGUACCGCCGAUAUUGUUUGGAAUGCAUACAAUCAGUGUCCUGGUACGAGGUACUCAGGACUGUAUCAAUUUUUGACACCAACUCUGAUUUUGAAAGAUCCACAGUUGAUCAAGCAAAUUGCUGUCAAAGAUUUCGACUAUUUUCCUGAUCACAGAGUUUACAUUCCGGAAGAAGCUGAUCCUCUAUGGGGCAAGAAUCUUUUUGCACUUUCAGGUGAAAAAUGGAGAGAAAUGAGACCAAUUCUGAGCCCUUCAUUCACCAGUUCCAAAAUGAAAAUGAUGUUUCACCUGAUAUCAGAAACUGCCGAACAUUUUGUCAAAUGUUUACUGGAGAAGAGUUCUGAGAAGAUAGAAGCAAUCAGUUUCUUUUCUCGUUUCGCAAAUGAUGUUAUAGCUUCUUGUGCUUUCGGGUUGAAAGUUGAUUCAAUAAGUGAUGAAAAUAAUCAUUUUUUUCGAAUGGGAAAAGCGAUGACAGAUUUCACUGGAUUCUGGAAAAAUUUUGCUUUAUAUGGAUAUCUCAUAAUCCCCAGGUUAUGUAAGAUGUUGAAUAUCAAGGUGUAUACAGAAAAACAGAGGAUAUACUUUCACGACCUCAUCCAUAGUACCAUAAAAACAAGGAAGGAAAAAGGCAUUGUGCGUUGUGAUUUGAUACAUCUACUGAUGGAAGCGAAGGAAGGAAAGAAAAAAUUAGAAAAGGAAGACAACCACAUGGAUACAGGUUACGCCACUGUACAGGAAGAAACUACAGGUACACAGACGAGAAAUAUAACAGACGAUGAUAUCGUUGCCCAAGCAAUGAUUUUCUUUUUCGCUGGUCUUGACCAAAUGGCAAUAUGUAUGUCUUUCAUGUGUUUAGAACUUGCUUCAAAUCAGAGUAUUCAAAUGAGACUCAGGGCAGAGAUUGAGAAAACUCUCUAUAUCAACGAAGGAAAGAUAACAUACGAAGCCCUCUUGGGAAUGAAAUAUAUGGAUUUAGUUGUUUCAGAAACCCUGAGGAAAUAUCCCAUCAAUGUAGAGGUUGACCGGCUCUGCAGUCGCCCAUAUACCAUUCCACCAGCUGGUCCACUGGAAAAACCCUUACUCAUAGAGAAAGGUACAGUUUUAUGGAUCCCAAUAGUGGCACUACAUCAUGACCCUAAAUUUUUCCCCGAACCGAAACUAUUUGAUCCCGAAAGAUUCAACGAAGGAAACAAAUCAAAAAUUGUGCCGAACUCAUAUCUUCCAUUCGGCAUUGGUCCAAGAAAUUGUAUUGGAUCAAGAUUUGCACUUUUGGAAAUUAAAUUGUUAAUGUUCCAUUUGUUGGCCAACUUUAAAGUUGUUUCGAUAAAAGAAACAGUGCAAAACUUUAAUCUAUCUAAGAGAACAUUCAAUAUGCGCCCAGAAGGUGAACAACUGUGGUUGGGACUCGAGCCUAUAAAAUAAUGACUUUUUUCAAGUGAGUUGAGUAUUGUAGUUUCUAAAAUGUAUGAUGUGGAUUCCUAAACAUAUACAAUGAGGAAGAGGCAAAUGUUCACAUUCGAUGAUCUUCACUGUGAUUUUUCCACAUCAAACAACUCAUCACGUGCUUUCUUGAGAAUACUCUAUGAACUUUGUUGUUUGGAUGAAUUAUUGAAAACAUGUGUUUUGGAUUUGGUUUGAAGACAGUUGGUAGUUUUAUACCACUAAUUUCAUUUCUGAACAAAUCAUUCACCGAAAACUUCAGUUAUGACAUGCUUUAUACAUGAAAUGUAAGAGUUGACAUGAUACAAAUUAUCAUAAUUAAUAAAGGAUAUGAUGAGUUCCGAUUGUAUAUGAAAUAGUUCCAGAGUAAUUAAAUGAAAGUGAUAAUUACGAAGACGUAUAUGAAGGAAAUAAUCACUACACAGGAGAAAAAAUCAGAUGUCUACAUGCUAACAUCUUAAUUGUGCAUAAAAAUGUAUAUUUGUAAACGAAGUGAGUGACACUUCGUUUAGUAUGAACAGUUUGAAUUUGCCGCGUAUUAACGAAUAUGUAGGUUAUGUUAAAGAAGAUAUUGUAAUUCAAACAUUUAAUUAAUAGGGACUGGUGAAGCAAUAUCUUCAAAUGUUGUUUCUCUUUUCAGGUGAGUUUAUGAUUAAGUAUUGUUGAAGAAUGUUUUGUUGAAAGUGUAAUGACAGGUUUAUGUAUUAAAAUCCUCCUCUCCUUUCAGAGCAACUCAA